AUGGUCAAUCCAAGCAAGAAAUUCAUAGGGGCGGAAACCCUGAAGUCGUAUAACCCGUCAACAGAACACAGGCGCAAGGAGAGGGACGCGGAGAAGAAAAAAAACAAAGCGGAGAGAAAGGUCACUAGGGAACAGGCGCUCCUCAAGAAAAACCCCGUAGCUAUUAAGGAGGAGCUCGAUAAACUGGAAGCUUUGGGCAAGGAGAAUUGCGCUGCUGCUGAAUCUGUGGUGUUCCGAUUGCUGUUAUCCUUCUGCUCCUUCGGCGAUUGA